AUGCAAUUCCUAACUUUAACCUCAGAAGUCUCUCAACCUUUUGUCAUCCCAGCAGUGUCUCCAGUCUCGCAACCUGUUUCUCGUAAGAACUCUCUUGCAGACUCUGCUCAAUUACCACAGGAUCUAGACACUGGCGCUUUGGACGAAGCUCUUGUCGAUUCUCUAACAGAGCCUUUGGCUCUACCAACAGACUCAUCCUCUGUUGCUUCCCCUACUCUUGACUCUCCCGCUGCCGUACCAAGACAACGUUCCGGUUCUCUAGCUCUAUUGUAG